AUGAGCGAUCAAGCAGCAUUGCCCAAUCUGAAUGCCAAUUGGGUCAAUGCAAAAGGUGCCUGGACAAUACAUUUGGUUCUAAUUGCGUGCCUCAAGAUUCUUUUUGAUAUAAUCCCUGGCGUUUCCCAAGAAACAUCUUGGACGUUAACAAAUAUAUCGUACAUGUUUGGUUCUUUUCUCAUGUUUCACUGGGUCCGUGGUGUUCCCUUCGAAUUCAACGCGGGAGCCUACGACAAUUUGAACAUGUGGGAACAAAUUGAUAAUGGAGCUCAAUACACUCCUGCGAAGAAAUUCCUCAUGAGUGUGCCGAUCGUGUUGUUCCUAAUUAGUACCCAUUAUACCCAUUACGAUCUCACUUAUUUUAUCAUCAAUUUUCUCGCUGUUCUCGGAGUCGUGAUACCCAAAUUACCUGGCAAUCCCGGAUCCCGGAGAACUGUAUCUAGAACUAGGGAUGGAGUUUAG